AUGUGGUGGUCUGGUACUGGUACAACUGGUUUCAGGAAACGUUUCUCCCAAAUGUUUGCAGGCAACUUCACCGGAAACUUCACCUUCACCCUCACGAACUCUUCAACGUGUUUGGCUGGUUCUCCUGAAAUAGGCAUUGAAGAUAAAAUGACAGAACACGCGUAUUACUUCGUUGCGAUCGGGGCUGCGGUCCUGCUCCUGGGAACGUUCCAGGUAAUGCUUUUCCUGCUAACUGCUGCGAAGCAAACAAAGAGGAUCCGGGAGAAGUACUUUCAUGCCAUCCUCCACCAGCAGAUGUCAUGGUUUGACACGCAUCCGAUCGGAGAGCUGAACAUAAGACUUACUGAUGAUAUAAACACAAUCAACGAUGGCCUCGGGGACAAAAUCUGUGUGUUUGUCCAGUUCUUCUGCACAUUUAUUGCUGGUUUCAUCAUUGGUUUUAUCUAUGGCUGGAAGCUGACGCUGGUCAUUCUUGCUGUCAGUCCCCUGCUGGCAGGAUCAGCAGCUGUUUGGUCUAUA